AACUCGUUUGGUGCGACAUUCAUAUCGCUUGUAUUUCAAGAAUCAAAAUUACUAUCGGGUGUCCAAUUUGGAUGGGCGAUUGGAAAAUGCGGAUCAUAGAUUGACCGAGGACAUUGCGGUAUUUGCCAGCUCAGUAGCACAUUUAUACAGCAGUGUUACCAAGCCUUGCUUGGAUCUUAUGCUUAUUGGCUUCGCUUUAAUGCGAUCUACUCAAAAAAUGAAAGCCAACAUUUACUCAGGUCCAAUAUUGGCUGUUGCCGUAAUAUCAUUAACAGCACAUAUAAUGCGAGUAGUUUCACCAAAAUUCGGUCAGCUUGUAGCAGAAGAAGCCAAUCGCUAUGGUUAUUUACGGCAUAUACACUCUCGAAUUAUUACAAACUCUGAAGAAAUAGCAUUUUACGGAGGACAUAAAGUAGAAUUGCAGCAGUUGCGUCAAGCUUACAAUCGACUUGUUAAUCAAAUGAACAAUAUAUUCGCGCAAAAAUUAUGGUUCGUCAUGCUCGAACAAUUUUUCAUGAAAUAUGUGUGGUCUGGGACGGGUAUGGUUAUGGUCUCAUUGCCGAUUUUAACUUCCGGCGCAACUAUGAAAACAAUCGUGACUAAAGAUCCAGAUAUGAAGGAGGUAUUAGACUCUACGGUCAGUGAACGGACUCAAUAUCUAACCACCGCACGAAAUUUACUUAUUUCUGCUGCUGAUGCCAUAGAGCGUUUGAUGUCAUCGUAUAAAGAAAUUGUAGCAUUGGCUGGAUAUACUUAUCGUGUUGCCGGAAUGAUGGAAGUUUUCGAAGAGACAGCGCAAGGGAUUUAUGAUAAAAACACCGUUGUCGAGUAUAAAGAAAUGAAUGGCAUCAUUGAGUUCAAAGAUGGUAAGCCGAUUGCGCGAGGUCGUAUCAUAUACACGGAUACCCCAAAUGAUAUGACAAUCACAGUGCGAGCAGUGCCUGUGAUCACUCCGAAUUGCGACAUCGUCGUACCAAGUCUAACGCUUUGCAUUGAACAAGGCAUGCAUCUGCUAAUUACUGGACCCAAUGGCUGUGGUAAAUCAAGCUUAUUCCGGAUUCUGAGCGGGUUGUGGCCAAUUUAUUCUGGUGAAUUAUACAUACCACGUCCGGUUGAGGAUAAAUUGUGUAUGUUUUAUAUUCCUCAACGCCCAUAUAUGUCGACAGGCAGUCUUUGCGAUCAAAUUAUUUAUCCCGAUAGUCGUGAAGAUAUGAUACGCAAAGGGGUUACUGAAAAUGAGCUUCGAGACAUAUUGAAAAUGGUCUGUUUGGAACAAAUAGCGCAGCGUGAUAACUUUCACGUCGUCCGGGAUUGGAAAGACAUACUGUCCGGUGGUGAAAAACAACGUAUGGCAAUAGCACGUCUUUUUUAUCACAGGCCAAGAUAUGCUUUACUUGAUGAAUGCACGAGCGCUGUUUCUAUUGAUGUAGAAAGUUCAAUAUAUGAAAUCGCAAAGAGUAUGGAUAUAACAUUAUUAACAAUAACGCAUCGACCAACAUUAUGGAAGUUCCAUACGCACAUUCUGGAGUUCGAUGGUCAAGGUGGUUGGAGUUUUCGACAAAUGGAAUCAAAUGAGCAACAAAAAUCUUAGUUCCUAGAAUUUUAAAAACAUUUUUAUGAAUAUAACGUAGUACUUUUGGCUUAAAACAAGCAUUUUAAUUGUAGCUACCUUAUCUGUUUCCUUAAUAAAUCUUUUUUAAAUUUUUUCUUUCAA